CAUUGUGAAUUUGUAAAUAUCAAGAAACUUUAUUGAUUUGCUGCUGCGCAAUGAAUGCUGUUGCAUACUCUUAGGUGUGUCAACGCAACAUUCAUCUAAAGUUGUGCAGCAUCGCAAAAAACUUUUAUUACAAAUUCGAUUUUAUAAUACACAAGAAAAAUCAUUUACUUUAAAUUUUUUUAAAGGGAUUUAUACUUUCAUAAAUUAGAAUAAUCUUAUUGCUAAACAAAUAAUAAAUAGAAAUGUCACAGUUCCAAAGCGUACCGGAUACUGGAGAUGAUCUUGAUAAUGAAUCGGUAGAAGUGUUGCGUGCACGCUUGAACGAUAUGAAACGGCUAAUGAGUGAACGCACUGCCCAAAUACAACAUAAUCCUGCCACCACAGAGCAGAUAUGGAGCACAAAACGACAAACCACUACAGGAAUUAUCGAUGGCAAUUUCCUAAGCGUUGCUUUUGGAGGUGCUCUGUUGGUUAUCGCGUCGGUUUCUGUGUACGCCUUUUAUAAUCUAUAUCAUGCAAUAUUGAAAAAAUUUCCUUCACAUCACGAAGAGUUGUAGAAUACGCUGAUCGAAAUUAGGUUGCGUACACAGUUAGAUAAAGUUAUACAUAUGCAGAGAACUUAAAAUAUUAUUUUAUUAUAUUUUAUUAUAUAUAUUUUAUUAUUAUUUUAAGUUCUCUGCAUAUGUAUGUAUGUACCUAGCACUUAUUGGUUACUGAAGGAUAUACGAUAUCAGCGGUAUGUUCAUGUUUAAAAUGUUUACGGGUUACAUACAAGCAUGUUUGCUUGUUUGUAACUACUUCAGUCUAACGGAGAUUAAUAUAGUAUACUACACCAUUUUACGAAAAUCAUUUUAAGGUGAUUUAAAUUUAAACGUAAUAAACUUCAAUUUCACAUAAAAAUAUA